AUGUCGUCCACCCAGAGCGUGCAGUGCUUCGGCAAGAAGAGAACCGCCACCGCCGUUGCCCAGUGCAAGGCUGGCAAGGGCCUCGUCAAGGUCAACGGCAAGCCUCUCUCGCUUGUCCAGCCCGAGAUCCUCCGCUUCAAGGUCUACGAGCCCCUCCUUGUCCUCGGCCUUGACAAGUUCGCCAACAUCGACAUCCGCGUCCGCGUCACCGGUGGUGGUCACACUUCCCAGAUCUACGCCAUCCGUCAGGCUAUCGCCAAGUCGGUUGUCGCCUACUACCAGAAGUUCGUCGACGAGCACUCGAAGAACAUGCUCAAGCAGGCCCUCGUCCAGUUCGACCGCACCCUUCUCGUCGCCGACAACCGCCGGUGCGAGCCCAAGAAGUUCGGUGGUAAGGGUGCCCGCUCCAGAUUCCAGAAGUCCUACCGUUAA